GCUCAACCUCCAAAAUCAAUUGUUAAAGGUGGGACCGUGAUUUUAACCACAACCACUCCGCGAAGAAGCAAAAGACAGCCAUUUUGGGCCACCUUGCGAGAACUUUAAGACAUUUAUAUCAAAUGCCGACCUGCCUCCGAUUAUGAACCAGCCUACAUCCUGCAAACCGAGUCCCCGGUGACCGUCUUCGACAAGAGGCCACAGCUGCUCUGUUGCACUGCAGUGAGUACUGCACUGGACUGUAUUGUACAUAACCCUGAGGUACAGCAAGUAGCAUACGGGAACCAACACGCGAACCUCGGAAGCAGAGAAGGGAAAAAAGAAUAAAAGAUGGCCGAGUACGCAAUGUACCACGCCCUCGGCCAGGGCGAAGCACUCGAUCCCAACGACCCGAACCGAACAACGCAGCCCGCGCCUCCGCAGUUCCAGCCGCCCGUUGCUCCCAACCCCUACCAGCCCGCUGCCGGUGGAUACAGCUACGGCUCGCCAUCACCCGCGGCAGGGCCUCCGCCACCCCAGGCGCCGGGAUACGGGUCGCCCCAGCCGCCGGCCGGCUACUUCCAGGGCCAGCAACCACCAGCCGAUGAUGCUGCUUUGGCGGCGCAGAUGGGUGGCAUGACGCUCGGGGCCGACCCGCACCACGGCACCGCCAAGAGGAAGAAGAAGGACCGCCAUGCCUACCACACGGUCGACGCGCCCCUGGGCUCGUCCCAGGCCUUCAACGGCAUACCACCAGCGGGCACGCCGGCUACGUCCUACCUGAACAACGAUCCCUCCGCCGCCGCCGCAUCCCGCUACGGCCCCGGGUUAACACCCGCAAUGAACCAGUUCCCCGCGCCCGUCAGCCCCGGUUUCCACCCCGCCCCCGCCUCGCCCGCCGAGUUCGCGGCCAGGAGUGGCUACGCCGGGGAUGCGCUACCGUCGCCGACCAUGGUCCCGGCGUCGGGCCAGGCCAAGGUGUCGCCCGACGAGAUGCCCAGUGUCCCCCUCUCCCGGGAUGCCGUCCAGCAAUACUUCCUCAGCAACGUAUACCCGACAUUCGAGCGCUUGGUCCCUCCGCCUGCAACUGUCUCUUUCGUCGCCUUCGACCAAGGAAACGCAUCCCCCAAGUUUGCGCGGCUCACCCUGAGCAACAUCCCCGCCACGGCCGAGGGACUGCGCAGCACAGGCCUGCCUCUCGGCCUCCUCCUGCAGCCGCUCGCCGCGCUCCAAGCCGGCGAGCUCGAGAUUCCCGUUCUGGACUUUGGGGACGCCGGCCCGCCCCGGUGCCAUCGAUGCCGAGCCUACAUCAACCCCUUCAUGAUGUUCCGCUCGGGGGGCAACAAGUUUGUCUGCAACCUGUGCGGCUAUGCCAACGACACGCCUUCAGAGUACUUUUGUGCCACCAGCCCGCAGGGCGUCCGUGUCGACCGCGACCAGCGGCCAGAGCUCACCAGGGGAACCGUCGAGUUCGUCGUCCCCAAGGAGUACUGGACCAGGGAACCGGUCGGGCUUCGGUACCUCUUUCUCAUUGACGUGACGCAGGAGUCUUAUAACAAGGGGUUUCUCGAGUCCUUUUGCGACGGCAUUUUGCGUGCCCUCUAUGGCGCCGAGGAGAAUGAGGAGAAGGACGAGAACGGCGAGGUCAAGAGGAGGAUACCGGCAGGUGCCAAGGUCGGCUUCGUCACCUUUGACAAGGAAGUUCAUUUCUACAAUGUCAGCUCGUCGCUGGAGCAGGCACAGAUGAUGAUCAUGCCGGACAUUGAGGACCCAUUUGUCCCGCUCAGCGAGGGUCUGUUUGUGGAUCCGUACGAGUCCAGAACCGUCAUCAGCUCUCUGCUGACUCGGUUACCGCAAAUGUUCUCGAGCAUCAAGAACCCGGAGCCGGCGCUCCUGUCGACUCUGAAUUCGGCGGUUGCAGCACUCGAGAAGACGGGCGGCAAGAUUUUUUGCUCGCUCUCGGCACUCCCCACAUGGGGUCCGGGGCGCCUGUUCAUGAGGGAUGACGGCAAGCAUCCUGGCGGUGAGCCUGAUAAGAAGCUGUUCAGCACAGAGCAUCCUGCGUGGAGGAAGCUGGCGGAGAAGAUGGCUUCAAUCGGCGCCGGCAUCGACUUCUUCAUGGCCGCGCCGUCAGGGGGCUAUCUGGACAUUGCCACAGUUGGCUACGUAUCUGCUACUACAGGCGGAGAAACAUUCUACUAUCCCAAUUUCAUCGCGCCGAGGGACAACACCAAGCUGUCGCUCGAGAUCAAGCAUGCAGUGACCCGGGAGACAGGCUAUCAGGCCUUGAUGAAGGUCCGAUGCUCCAACGGCCUGCAGGUGUCCGGGUACCACGGCAACUUUAUCCAGCACACGUUUGGUGCCGACCUCGAGAUCGGAGUGAUCGACGCAGACAAGGCGCUCGGGGUAUCGUUUAGCUACGACGGCAAGCUCGACUCAAAGCUCGACGCGCACUUCCAGUCGGCCUUGCUCUACACGACCGCCUCGGGCCAGCGCCGUGUGCGCUGCAGCAACGUCAUUGCCGCCGUCAGCGAGAACGCCCGGGACUGCAUAAAGUUCAUCGAUCAGGACGCCGUGUACUCGCUUCUCGCAAAGGAAGCAUCGACCAAGCUGGCAACAACGUCCAGCACGCUCAAAGACAUACGCCUGAGCCUCACAGAAAAGACGAUCGACGUGCUCGCCAACUACCGCAAGAACUUCUUGUCGCAGGCGCACCCGCCGGGCCAGCUGGUCAUGCCCGAGCGGCUCAAGGAAUUCUCCAUGUACAUGCUCGGCAUGCUCAAGUGCCGGGCCUUCAAGGGGGGCAACGAGACGACAGACCGGCGGGUGCACGAGAUGCGCCUGAUCCGCUCCAUGGGCGCGCUCGAGCUCAGCCUGUACCUGUACCCGCGCAUGAUACCCAUCCACAACCUGCAGCCCGAGGACGGGUUUCCGGAUCCCAACACGGGCGGCCACCUCAGGAUGCCUCCCUCGAUUCGCGCCAGUUUUGCACGCGUCGAACCGGGCGGCGUUUACCUCGUCGACAACGGCCAGCAGUGCCUCCUCUGGUUCCACGCGCAGACGUCGCCCAAUCUGCUGGCGGACUUGUUUGGAGAAGGCAAAGACAGCCUGCAGGCGCUUGAUGCAUACACCAGUGAAAUACCGGUGCUCCAGACGCACCUCAACGCGCAGGUCAGGAACAUCAUUGAGUUUUUGCGCACCAUGCGCGGGUCCAAGGGCCUCACCAUCCAGCUCGCCCGUCAGGGUAUUGAUGGCGCCGAGUACGAGUUUGCGCGCAUGCUGGUCGAGGAUAGGAAUAACGAGGCGCAGAGCUACGUGGAUUGGUUGGUGCACUUACAUAAGGGGGUGCAGUUGGAGUUGGCCGGGCAGCGGAAACGGGAGGAUUCCUCCGAGUCGUCGUUGGCGGGUUUGACGGGGUUGAGGCCGUCGUAUUGGUGAGAAAGAGAACAGGGGAAAGGAGCCAGCCCCGUGGGCUAGGCGUAGACUGGGGACUGGCGGGUUGGUGGGAGGGGCGAGGGCGGGUACAUUGAAACUAAGCUGUGAACAUGGGGAACAUGGGAUGGGACGAAUGGAUGGGUAGGAUGGUUGUCCGGACUAGAAACCAGAUCGGCGAUCGACAGCAUGAUGAGAAAGAAAGAAAAAGAGAGGUAUAUCCAAAUCUUAUGCCAGACGUGAUGUGAUGCAGGGUGAAUGUGAUUGAGGUGAAAGUGGAGCUUUGAGCCGUUGGGUGCGCUGAGCUUUGCUGGGCUUGGCUUGGCGUUCUGGUUUAUGAAGGAGCAAGAAGGAGCAACAGAAGGCGGCGAUGGUAGUAUUUUGUUGGUUGUUUCUACACAUACUCCGUACAGUACGU